UGACGCUUCCUCUCCAGACUACCUGAAUGGGUCUUUCAAAGCUACCGAACUAUUGAGUGUAAAAUAGAUAUGAAUAUAUGAUAAAUUAAAGGGCUUUUGAUAUCUUGUGCUUGGGCAGGACACUCUCGAGAAGCUGAAAAAAAAUGAUGCGUUUUAUGCUGCUGUUCAGCCGGCAGGGGAAGCUGCGGCUGCAGAAAUGGUACACAGCCACAGCAGAGCGCGACAAAAAGAAAAUGGUGCGAGAGCUCAUGCAGGUAGUGUUGGCCAGGAAGCCCAAAAUGUGCAGCUUCUUGGAGUGGAGGGACCUAAAGAUUGUCUACAAGAGGUAUGCCAGUUUGUAUUUCUGCUGUGCAGUGGAAGAACAGGAUAAUGAGCUGAUUACACUAGAGGUCAUCCAUCGCUUUGUGGAGCUGUUGGAUAAGUACUUUGGCAGUGUGUGUGAGCUAGACAUUAUUUUUAAUUUUGAGAAGGCCUACUUUAUCUUGGAUGAAUUUCUGAUGGGGGGAGAAAUCCAGGACACUUCCAAAAAGAGCGUCCUCAAGGCUAUUGAACAGUCUGACUUGCUGCAAGAGGAGGAUGAAUCUCCAAGAAGUGUAUUGGAGGAGAUGGGCCUGGCAUAGAAUCCACUCAAAUUUAGAAAUAACAACUUUAGGUACUACUGCUACAAAGGGUGAUGAAAUAGAUUUUACUAAAUGGAGUUUGGGGGGUGGGGGGUUUAGGAUGGAAUUAGGAAAACACAUGGGACAGAAGGAUGAACUGAAUGUGUGUGUGUGUGUGUGUGUGUGUGUACAAUUUUUAUACUACUGAGUUCAGCAUGCGAUUGUAGUCCUUUUUAGCCCCUCUUUAUAUUUAUACUGUUAAGAAUAGGUUGUCUUUUUGAAGACACUAUACAAAUACAGAUCACAGACACUUGAACGGGACACACAGCCUUUCAUUUCUACUGAGCUAAAAUUGCACCAAGCCUUACUGUGCAAAGAAAAUACACUGGUUGUACAACAUGUGGUCAGCCUUUGGUCGUGAGCAGUUAUUUCUUCCUGCUGUCUCAAAUUGCUAUGUUUAUAUGUACUUGGACUGUGUUUUUGCUGCUCAGGAAAGAACAUUCAUGCAUGUCUAUUUGAAUGUGAUGCAAAAUUUUAAGCGGAUGACCUUUCAGGUCUGAACUGCUUGCCUGCAGUGUAGGGACCACACAGCACGUGUGUGUGUGUGAAUGUUUGUGUGUGGAAUAGGAAUGUGUGUUAGGAAUGGGGGUACCUGUGCUAUCAGCUCUUUGCGUGCACAGUUUAUCCUUAAAGCAGUUUUCCAUGAGUAUAAAAUGAGACCGAAAAUAGAAACAGAAUAUUAAGUAGGCUUUGAGUCAGUAGAGUAUCGAAUAGAAUAUUGAAUGUUGAACAUGGUUGAUUUAGUCUGUUCUAGUUCUAGUUUUAUGAACCACAUCUACUGUCGUACCCAUAAAAAUGAAUGUGUAUUUUAAUAUGAAUAUAAGGCAAAAGUAACCACAAAAGGAGCCUAACCUCUUUCCUGUUUUGUAUGUCUUCUUCCUGCUUUCCAAAGAUAUGAUAAAAGGGAACUAUAUUUAAGUACCUUCUUUAAAAAAAACAAUAAAGGGAUUUGGGUAGGGAGUAUGAUUUAGUUAUGAUGGUAAAAUUAUUUUUACUGUGCUGUC